UAAAAUUGAGUUAUAUAUGAAAGAUGGUAAUAGUUCUCAUCUCCUACAUAUACAACCUUCUGCAACCAUAGAAAGGUUAGAUGAUACAAUCACUAGUAUGGCUUCAGGAGACUUUGAUGGAGAUUUUCAGAUAGAUGUUCUCAUUACUACCAAGCCAAACUCUGAACCACUCAAUGUGAAUGUAGCUACCAAGGCAUUUGUUUAUUGGGGAAAUAUAACAGCUAUGAAGUAUGGUCCUCCUACAUUGGUAACAGACCAGUUAUCGGACCAGCCCUUAGUCAUGGAUUGUGAUGGAGACAUGAUACCUGAUGUCUUUGGAGCAGACAUGACGGGGAAAAAGAUGUUCUGGAAGACAAUGGUAAACGAGACAAGGAAGUUUGUUGAGCAGCCCCUCUCUGGUCGUGAAGAUCAUCCCUUGAUGGUUCCGAACUCCAAUGCUUUCUUGGACUUGACCGGUAGCUUUGCUGCUGACCUCUUCAUGGUGACCAACGGGUCGUCUGGAGUGACCUUUGAGGUCUGGUCCUACCUAGCUGAUACAGAGGAUGAAGAAAGUACGUACUCAUGGCAGUUCAACAAAGAAUACUCCCCUCCCACCAAACAGCCGAUUGCACACCUAGGAGUGUCGACCUUUGCGGACAUGAAUGCAGACUCCUUCUUAGAUCACAUUCUACCUGUAUGCUUCAAUGAUAUAUGUACCAAAGGAGCCAUCUUUGUUAAAUUCUUAGAACCUAUGGAGACGGAAUGGACGGCCAUGUUCAAUCUUAGCCAGGCGACAUUUGACAAGAAAUCCUGGGGUUUUGUCCCACCAUCAGAGCACCUGACAGACUUCACUGUACUACCCCUGGUUGCAAGGACUGGUGACUACAACCUUGAUACGCUCAAUGAUGUCCUUGUUCUAGUUCAGUCUGGAGACUCAGGUUCUGUUGAGAGACGGAUAAUGCUGCUUCAGAACAUGGGUGAAAGACUUGAGCCAGCUUGGGCUACUGACCCAGCUAAUGAUAUUGUAUCUCCAGUUCUAGCCACUUUCAUUGAUAUACAACGGACAGGCCAGCUCGAUAUUAUAAUUGUGAAUAAAACCGUAGGUGAAAACCAACAUGACAUAUACCUCAUGGAUAAUACACUAGCCAUUGAUGCAUACUUUGUGCAAACAGAAGUUCUGAGUGGACUAUGUAAGUCAGACUGUCCCUUGUCAAGUUCAAACAUUCCGUAUGGAGUAGCCCAGCCAGGUCCCAUGGUCAGGUAUGAUACUACUAGCUCUAUAGGACAACCUCAGAUGACUGGGGGUUCUCAGCUUUCCCAAUCAGCAUACUUCUCCUUGCAGCUCCCAUACGUCCUACUAGGUCUGGGUCAGAAUCCUAACUUUGUAGAUACUCUCAUGGUUGGUGUUCCUGGACCAACAGAUGGAGAAACUAAGAACCCAAGGGUACAUCAAUGGACUUCUGUUAUACCCAAUUCACAGCUGAUUGUAAUCCCUUAUCCAUUAGACAAACCUAACGAUUGGAUAACAAAGAUUCUGAUCAUUCCUGGUCAAUCUGUCCUAUUGACCGGUGUCGUCCUCAUUAGUACUUGUGUUGUCUUAGCAUUAACAGCAGCAUUUCUUCAUCUCAAAGAAAGGAAAGACGAUGAAAAGGAGAAGAGACAAGAAGCACAUCGAUUCCACUUUGAUGCCAUGUGAUCUUAGAUCUUUUCAUAGCUUACACUUAUUUAUUAUAUUACAGUAAAAGUUAUCAUUUAAUGACUACUUCUUAUUCUAAUGAACUCUAACCCGACAGUCUUUAGAUUAGAAAAUGGAAUUUACUGAUUUGAUUAUAACAGAAUUAAAAUUAGUAACGUGGUGCUUUACAUCAUAAAUGAAUCAGCUUGAAAGUGGCAUCUUGUAUUUCAUGCUGUUCAUCUGAAAUGAAUGUGAAAUGUAACUUACAGUCCAUGAUUAGAUGUGGUAGGACUUGGUUUCCUGUAGACUUUGAUUGACACAAGUGUUAUUUUUUCAAAGACCAACAAUGAUUGUAUCUUGCCAUUGUUUUACAUUCUGAAUAUUCCAUCUUAGUAUCCAAGGAUCAUUCAAUUCUCUUGAAUAAAAUCAUAAAUUGGAGAGCAUAUUUCAUAUAUCUUUCAUUUUGUAUUCAUUUAUUUGAUACUACAGUUGUCAUCAUAGUUGUACGCUGUCUAUUUUAGCUUCAUUUGAUUAUUCUAUGCUAUUUAACAGUUGUGACUGACUUGGAAUAAGUGCAGCUCGUUUCUCUCAUAAUACUUCACUAUGCUAUUCUGCGUAGGAAUUUGUAAUGGUUAUCGAUUGUAAUUCUUGAGGUUUAUCUGCAUUGAUCAGACUGCUCUCAGUGCUCUGUAUUCAUGUAUAGAACCCUUGAAAAUGUGAUCGGAUAGUUACUCGAAUUAUAGGAUAUGAAUUCAUUGUUGCUAAUGAAUACUAGGAACAUGCUCUAGUGCAAUAUGUAGUGCACUUUAAAAAGAAAAAAAGUAUUCUUACUGAUAAUUAUAGGUUUUUAUUGAACUUCAAGGUAGAAAGUUCUAGAAAAACAUUAGAUUUAGUUGAGAGAAACUGAUGUCUUCCAUAUGUGCACAAGAUAUUGUAUUUAGGAAAUUAAUGGCGCAUGUUUAUGUUAUUCUAUUUUGAUACAACUUACAUUUUCUGUCAAUGUCUACAUUUAUAGAUGCACUUGGAAAUUGCAUAUAGGUACUGAGUAAUGUAUUCUAAUACUACUGUCUUAGAAUGUUGGUAGAGGGAUACUAUAUGUCUUUGGAUGGUAUGCUUAUGUCUUGUGUAUUUUUUUUUAUAUAUGGUACAUACCACAUUUAUAUUACUUGUAGAUUAUAAAGAAAGUGCAAUGUUAAAAUUUAUGGAAUGCAUUCCUUUAUUCAUGUAUGUUGUCAAAUGAGUAAUGCCUACCGGUAUGCCUAAUGUGGUUUUAUAUAUAGGCCUACUAAAUUAGAACUAAAGUUUUGUAUGGUGAACUGAAUAUCUAGUAUUAAAGCAUGGUUUGAAUAAUUCAUUGUUUAGGCAAUAUGAUUUUGUAUUCUGUAUUGUGAACUAAUUAAAAAUUGGAUGAGAUAGAAACAUUACCAUAUUGAUCCCCUAGUCUAGGGGCAAGUAAAUUGCAUGAUCAGACAACAAUAAAGAAAAAUAUGCAACCACCCAUUUCAGUCUGAGGGUGGGGUAGGGAUUCGUCCAUUUCAUUAUUUAUCUCUGUUGUAAUCAUAUCCACAUGAAAAAGUUGAUAUCUCCAGUUAGAAUGUCUUUCUAUGAAUAUCAAAGAGAAUACAUUUCUAAGUUAUGAUUGAGUAAGUUUGAAGUAUGUGAUGAUGGCCUUGGUGUUUUACAGUUUUUCCUCUGAAAAGGGGCUUAAGGGUGGGGUAAUUGAAGUUCAAACGAUGCCUGUUGAAUUGUAAACAUACUUGACACACUUCUUUGUACAAUGAAGUAUGCAUCUUGGCUCUGUCAAUUAUAUGAUGUUUUGUUUCUAAUAUUUGUUCAUAUUUGUUCAUAAGAAAUAAAUCAAUGACCAGCUAUUGCAAAGCA